GAAAGCCUCCCUAAUAAAGAUAAAUAAUAAUAAUAGUAUGGGAGACAUUGAGCUUGCCAGCGACGUCCCGGAUGGAGAGGUUAGGAUUCCGCUUAUAUUUCACCGCCACCUUAUUCGUCGUCGCUGCCGCGUCCGGAUUACGAUUGCCGCCGCUUCCAGGCUUUCUGACGGUCGACUGACGCUCCCCGAACACUUUUAAAACGUUUGUCAUGGUCGAUUUUGACUACAUCCAGCAAUUUUGCCAACUUGGCGUGUGAGAACGUCGGAUUUUCUUGCUGCGAGCAAACGGUGAAUGUAGUCUAGGAUCAUAGAAUUCAAUCGGAAAAGAGCUGAGUAACAUUAAAUUUGUGUGAAAUGGCGUUAAUAAAAUAAGAAAGCUACAAAACAAUUUGCUUAAAAAGAAUAAUCAGGUAUUAGAACACAUUGUGCUGUAAGUUUUAGAAUUUAUGUCUCAAGCGAGCUCUCUGUUUCGGUUUUUAGUAUGUAUAUAGUCAAUAUCCGAUAAUCUUUUUGGCGUAUUGCCAGAUGAUACACCUCUAUCUGCAAGGUUAAGCUAUCCCCUACCUGAGGAUGGGGUUAGUUUGUGUAAAACCAGGCUGAGGCUGAUUUCGACAAGAUGUUUGACAUAUUAUAUGAUGCCACAACGCCGCCGCCACAACAAUGGGCGCCUGACCUAAGGAAGGUAAGAAUUUCCUACAUCAAAAAAUCUUCCGGAAAUGCUACGUUAAAAAUCAUGGAAAAGUUCACUCUACUUCAUUAUUUUCUUCGUGAAUCUAAACGAAAGUCACGCAAGGUCUGCAAUCUGUGGUUUUCGCUGCUGCGUCUGAUUGUCCAGGUGCGUUACACACAGAGAUUGAACUUUUAUUAUAAUUAAUUAUUAUAUUAUAAUUAUUAAUAACUUUUUAUCAUACUCUAGGAAUUAUCUUUCUAUUUGUUAGCGUUUAUUAAAUUGCAGACAAAGACUAAUCUUUAAGCGGUUUAUAAAGCUCUUUGUUGAACAUUUUUGUCCGGCAGACUCAUUGACACAGCGGGUUCGCCUCAAUUAUCGAUGGUCAGAAAACCGCUCACUUUCUGUACUGUGCGGGUGAACCUAGUCAUUUUCCACCCUCCGAUGUAUUGCAAUCACCGUCCGUAGAGCAAUGAACAACCACCAUGAAUUCAACAAACGCGAGGACGACGACGACGACGACGACUACCACGACACCCAGUGCAAGGAUGUGUGAAGGAUCAUCAUAAAUAUUCUUGGUUUUUCACUUUCAACACACAUCCUAAUUUUUUCCUCGCGUGCGAAGAUUUUUCAUCCGCUUGAAAAGUGAUUUUCCACUUCGGUCCCGAAUUGUAUGUUGUUUUUUCGCUUAUUCUCGCGAACGGUUGGAAAAUUUUAAGCAAAUUACAAUCAACAGAGUCGUUAGCGGGUGAAUGAAAAGUGUUUUCGGUAACGCAUUAUUCGGAACAGGAAAGGAUAUCGUGCAAAACGGUGCUUCGCAGUGUUUGAUGGUGGAAAAUUGUAACGCAGUUGUCCUUACCGAACGAUUUGUGGUAAAGGCAGCAUCAUUGGAAUAUGUUUGCCUCGAAUCAAAGCCAAUAGAUUGCGUUAUUUAUGAGUAAAAGUGACAUUGAAGGAAAAUGUUGGGCGAAUCAGGAAUUACACCUACGGGUGUCAAAUAGGAAGUCGAUUUCAUGCAAGGUGCUACAAAUUGGUGCGGAUGCAUCAUUAGGAAUGCUAGAAAGAGAAUACCUGCAGGAAUCCCUCAGUUAUGUUCUGGGAAUACAGGAAGUACAGGAAAGGAUAAAGUUCGAGUUUGUGGAAAUUAUUUUAAGAUUCAUAUCCGAUUGGCUAGUAUUUUACCACCUUGGCCAUGAAGUAGCAGAAGAUGCCAAAGACUAUCUAUCAGAUCUCCAACUCAAAGUUCAAAAGACCCGAGAAAACUUUGAUGAAACUCGUCAGAAAGCGCAAGAACUAAAACACAGAUACAUGGAGAGCAAAAUGAAACCAGAGAGUGAAUACACCAAGCAGGGCUAUCUAUUUCUGAUGGAAAAGAAGGCGUUCACUGCAACAUGGUCCAAAUAUUAUUGUACGUACAAAAAGCAGAACAAGAAGUUCUCCAUGCUUCAAUUUAACCAAAUGUCGGGUCGAUCGCAAUCAUCGACGGAGGUGUUGACGUUAGCCUCGUGUACACGGAGGCUUUCGGAGUUUGAGAAGCGUUAUUGCUUCGAUUUGAUCUUUGACGAAAGGCCUGCGAUUACGUACACGUUUCAGGCGCUUAGCGAAGAAGAUCGCAAAGCAUGGCUAAAUGCGAUGGAUGGCAAAGAACCGACGUACCCGAUACCAUCGACGAAUCACAACGAGGAUGGAAACCUGGACGAAGUCGGUUUCGCGUUUGUGCGAAAAUGUAUAGAAGUACUGGAACGACGGGGCCUGGAGGAAGAGGGUCUGUACCGAAUCGGCGGUGUGAGUACAAAGAUAACGAAGUUAUUAAACAUGGGACUAGACAGAAAAAAGACUGAAAAGGAUAGAUUGAUGUUUUUCAAUGAUGAGCAAAGCUCGGAUGUGUUAGAAAGUAAGACGAUAGCAAGUGCACUGAAGCAUUAUUUAAGGAACCUGAAUGAGCCGUUGAUGACAUUUCGGUUGCAUCAUUCGUUUAUAGCCUCGGCAAAACAAGAAACGCGACAACAGCGAAUAAAUGAUGUUCACCAGUUGAUACACAGGCUACCUAAGAAUCAUCUUGAAAUGUUGGACAUUGUCGUGAGGCAUCUGAAAUCCGUUUCCAUAAAAUCGGAUAAGAACAAGAUGUCUGUGUUCAACCUAGGCGUAGUAUUCGGACCAACACUGCUGCGUGCAGCUGAGGAAACUGUUGCUGCCAUAUUAGAUAUCAAGUUCAACAAUGUUGUGAUAGAGAUGCUGAUUGAAAAUUACGAGAAAAUUUUCAAAACGCAGCCCGGCAAAAACAUCGAUUAUCUACCACACACAAACACGAGCCCACCGUUAGCUAUGCAACGAUCGUAUGCUGGCAUCGGUGGUGGUGGAGGAGGAGGGGGCGGUGGUGUUGGUGGUAUUGGAAUUGUCGGAGCAGGUUACGGCAAAGAUCGCGGUUCAACCUACUCGCAGCCUGUAGUGCGGGUUGUUGCCAAAUCAAACUACACCGAACCAGUAAUGUCAUCUAGCCUUCAAAACAUUUCCAAUGGACUAUCCCUGUACAGUAAAGGAACAAAUCAUUAUCCCACCUAUGAGGCAAAGCCGAAAAUAAUAACUACGAUCAACAGUUCUACACCAUCCCUGUUACGGGAUACUACCCUAUCACCUCGUGAAAUCAGUAUAGACACGCGGGAGAGCACUUACCUAAAAUCAGCGCCAUCCACAAUCACCAUCAGUAGUCACAAUAGUCCGCCGCCCAGCCACAACCAUCAAUUAGGGCGGCAGGACGGCGGAGGAAGCAGUCAAAUAUAUCAGAGCGCCUAUCAGAGCCAUCUGUUACACAGCCGAGCUGAACCAAUGUCAAUGAUCCGAGGUGGUAGUGCAGGCUCGGAGAGUAUUUAUGGUGCCACAACAGCAAUGCACAAAAUGGGUCAUCCCAAUCCAAUGACCAGCAGUGAUUCCAAUCUAGCGAGCACUAGGAAAGAGCUUUCAAUCUACGACCGAAUAAAUUCCACUAGCAGUUCAAACGAGUCGGUGUGUUCCUCAUCUAGUCGAGAUUUAAAUCAUUCAUACGGAAGCACCCGAGUUAUGCCUAGCUGGGAGUAUGGUACGGGUAACGGAAGCAUCGGCGUCGUGAGUAGCGCGCUGAGUAAGUUCUCCAUUCGGGACGAUGCUAGUCAAGGUUAUAUCCCGAAGAAGACACAACGCACGAAAGGUCUUACGCGCCAUACUAAACUAGUGACACCUAGAGAUAAUCUCCGAGUGAGGACUUUGUACGCAUGUUUAGCCGAGAAUGACGGAGAACUCUCAUUCGAACCCAAUCAAAUCAUUACCAAUGUUAAACGUUCCAACGAACCAGGCUGGCUGGAGGGCACCCUCAACGGCAAGUCAGGUUUGAUUCCAGAAAACUACGUAGAAGUCCUGAAGUAAUCCGAAUGGCAACUGUUUACCACUAAAUCACCAAAUAACAAACAAGUGAGCCUGCAAUCGUUUAGCCGAGUUGUAUGUUCAACAGAAAGGUACCAUAUAUUGUGUAGUUAUCGAAUACCUGUUAAGUGUAGAAAUGAGAUGAAGGGCUGUAGCGUAUUAAAGGGAUCCAGAUUCGUCUUACACAACGUAACGACGUUGUAACGAAGAUCUGAAAACUUCAUAGGAAAGGUGUAGGAAAUACCAGGACAUCAUAUUCAAUAUCCCGACAGAUUGUGCAAAAUCCUUAUGUAUUUUUACUAAAGAAUUUUCUUAUGUAUUUUUCUUUUUGAAAACUUUACUCAGUAGAUUGAACAAAAAGGCGAUAAAAUACUAAGACUACAAAUUACAUUUGCCGAUUGAAGAAAAACAUAUAUCAUACGGUCCAUUUUUCAUCACUCAUUCAAUCACAAAUAAACUCUCGUAACAAAUAAACUUGAAUAAAGGCUGUUAUCCCAAUUCUUGGUAUUGGCACAAUGAUUAUAACAUAUUUGCUAAAAUUUUAUUGAUUUUAUCGCUGAAAUAUUUUAGAGGUAGAGAGAUUCCAAAUAGGGCUAAACGAUCCAUUUUUUCGUACUUACAAUAGAAUAUAUGGUCGCUGUGUAACGGAUCGUAACGGUAGCAAUCUAGACGGAAUAUCCAAUAAAAAUGUCCGUUCAUACGAAAUAUCAGGCACUAUGAACCGAAUGCAAGUAAUUCUAAUAGACAACAUCGAAUGACUUAGAGGUGAAUGAUAAUAUCAAUUUUCAGCCUAAUGCCAGUGUAUGAAAUCGAUUGUUAGUAGGAUUUCGUACAAAACAGAGUAAUAUUAAAAUUAAACAAGCAGGAUCACAAUAACAAACAAGAAACACCAAUAACUUUGAGGUAAUAAAUAUUCCUUUAUGCAAGUCGAAUACAAAACAAAAACCACAUAUGAUGAUGUUAAUAAAUGGUAAAACAGUAAAUAACUUGAAACAGAAAUCUUACACCACACGACCACCGUAUGUCACUGAAGUCUCCUAAAUACGGAAAUUUUCGCAUCAACCCGUGUAUGUUUUUUGCACAUCGAACUGGACGUUUGAACGUCACGGAACAAAAUUAUCUAUGCACCGUCCAACACAUACACCUACUAAGUUGAAUGUCAAAUAGUGCUUUCAACUAGGUUUUUUUUUCGAAAGGGCUUAGAAGAGUCGCUAUGAAUCAUAACCCUUUUCUAGCAUUAUAUUUUCCAUUGUUUUCGUUUGUUUUUCCUCAAACGGUUUUCAAGCACAUCUAACAGCAAUUUGAUUUCAGGAGAAAUAUUUAUUGAAUAUUUGGUGUCACCCCGUUGUCUUUUUUUUAACAUGUGAAUGUACCUAUCAGUUUAGCAUAUUUAUAUGUUUGUGUUGAAAGUCUUAUUUUUUUUUUCGAGCCCGUUUAUUUGCUGUUAAUUUUCAAUUUUAAUUGACAAUUUUUAUCGGUUUUUUUUUUUAGUUGAUAAAUGUUUUUGUCUAUGGUCUGGUUGUCCUUUACUGUAGAGUAAGAUGGGGUAAGAUUGGUCAAAUAAUACAUUUGUUUGUUAAUAUCAAAUGGUUUAUUUUAAUCCCAAUGCUUUUUCAAAACAGUAUUGGGGCUACAUUGAGCCUGUUGGUGUUGAAAAACUAAAAAAAAAUUAAUCAAGUAGACCCAUCUUGUCCCACCUUACCCUUUAUAGAAGUCGUAUCUAUUGCACUUGGUCCAUGUCGCCAGCCACGGUGACUGCGGAGACUCUGGAGGUUGCCUUCCACUCUGGCGAUCUACCUUGCCGCUGCGCGCAUCUUCGUCUAGUUUCGGUCGGGUCAUUUUCGAGAACCAUUUUCACCAGGUUAUCGCCUGACAUUCUAACAACGUUCCCAGUCCACCGCAGUUACCCGAUUUUGGCCGAUUUCCACCUUCCAUUGAAAAACACCAAGUUGAUCCUGCACGAGCAUAGUCCAGGUCUCGCGACCGAGAGGAUUACCGGUCAAAUCAACGUUUUGUGUAGUCAAUUCAACCAGAGCGUUCUCCGGAGUAAGCUACAAUGUAUGUUCAAAUUUCUUUGCUGGUCUCAUUAUCGGAGGUCACCAAUGAGCCUAAAUACACGAACUCUUUGAUCACCACGAUUUAAUCGUCGUCAAUCUGAACUACCAUCCUCAUCUCAUGUAUUUCAUCUUGAUGCGUUAAUGUGCAAUCCGCUGGAAUUCAACCUGAACGGGCUUCCUAAAGAUUGUACCAGUCGUGUAUAAUAUAUGUCUAGCUACGCUCUUCUUAUCACUCCUUCCAAAGUGGUGUUGAAAAGCAGACACAAAAGCUCAUCAAGGUUCGAAGGGACUCGAGAGUGUCCCCGAUAGUCGAACAACGCACAUCACUCGAUCCAUCGAUAACUUGACGAAUCGCGUCAGUUUAUCCGGAAAACCCGUAUUCGUACAUAAUCUGAUUUAAAAUCGAUUUACAAAUGAUGUGUGGGCACGUUAUAUCCGUGGCAGUUCUGUCGCAGCUGCCGAAUCGCACCCAUGAAUCACGCUUGCUAUUGUCCUCCGAAUUCUCGGCAUAAUAUUUGGGAGAAAACCUUAAAGGCGGCGCUCAGCAGUGUGAUCGUGAGGUAGUUGCAGGUUGCAGCAAUUCAGCUUGUAGGCUUUUCUGUAGAUUGGACACACAAUAACUUCCAUCCACUCCUCCGGUAAUUUAUCUUCCUCUCAAAUCUUGGUAUGAUAGCGCUUUGAGAUAUUGGAGCAUCUACUGGUACCAUCAUGAUAGCAAUUUAUAUUUUAUUUGAUUCUUAUAGCUUAACUGCCGUUAUACCCAUAAUUGUCCCAUGUACUUUGAAAUCCUCGUGGAAUGUGGUACACUUUUGUUUAUAUCGGCUGGUAGUUAGUUUCAUCAACUAUGAGCAGCUAAACACUCCUAAAUGCACUGUCGCCCUAUAGGCUCUCAUCGUAGACUACACAAAGUAACAAACGAGUAACAUUCACCUAAAACAAACACAAAACCUAGGGUACACUUCUGUUUUAGUGUAAUAUAUGUACAUUAUUAUUAAAUAAGCUAUUAAGAUAUAAAACAUGACAGGCUUCAUCUCCACAUUACGUAGCAUUUCCUAAAUGUUUUGCACCCUCCUAUCCUCACUAUAUUUUUCGUGAAUCACCAUAAUUUUACGUUUUGUCUAACUUAGCUUCUCAUGUAAAAUGUCCUCUUUAUCCGCAUGAUAAAAAAAAAACUAGUCAUGUUCCAUUCUUUCUAACAAAAAAAAAAACAAUGUGAUAAUCUUACAUUAGUAACGAAGCAAAAAAUAAGCUUGAAAUUAUGAUUCUUGUUGACGUAUUUUUUUAUCUAUAAAUAACUUUCACAAUUUCCUACCUCUCCGUUCCAAUCAAAAAUGCUACGCUCUUUGGCGAUGAAGCCUAAAAUAGUAACUAAUAUGAGAAGGCGAAAAAUAUGUGGAAAACAAUGACACCAGAAGAAAUAAACUUCUAGCAUUAAGUUUAGUGUCAUAAGUGUAUAAAAGAAGACAAAUUAUGGGCAAAAUACUAGAAUAUGAAACUCUAAAAUAGCGGAAAACCGAUUCCAUUGACAAAUGCAACCAAAACCGUUAGGGAGAUUUUUAUCGGGAGCGUGUGUUUUCUACUAGAUUUUCUAUUGUAUUUUCUUUUUCUAAAAUGGGUGUAUCUGAUUACCAAUACGUAGACGCUGCAUCGGCUUGAGUUUUCAUAGUUUGUAGUAUAAAAUUCUUAACAUAAGUAUCACUGCGAAUUUCCUUCCUGGUAAGGAUAAAAGUCAAAAUUUCCUUUCUAUAAUGAGUUGCCAUAUGACGUACAAACAGAAUUCAUUUCUUAUAAACAAACUAUUAUGUCCUAUGUCUAGAAUUUUGGAGCUCAUCUGAAAAUCUUCGAUUAUACAAUUGACAUGAAAAUUACUCGUCAUCGGAGAACAAUUGUACCAACUGAGCCAUGUGUUGUUGCGCUGCUUGACAGAGUUAACUUAUUCUUAGCCCAAAGUUUUAACCAUUCCCUCUUAGUCACUGUUUUUCCUCGUACAAUUCGACUCUUUUUUAUGUGACUUUUCUUUUGCUAACGGCGUUAGUUUAAAGUUUUGGAUAAAUUUCUAGUACUGAGCUGGUGAAAAAAAAAAACAAAACAUUCCCUGAGUUUAUUUAAAACCUAGUUUCCUUCUUGAUUCAUCCUAGAGAAAAAAAAGUAUUUUUAUUUUAUUUUACCCAAUUACUUCUCAAUAUCUACAAGAAGGCCUGUGAUAUAUUCACAAAAUCAGAGAAGAAUUGGUCCUAUCGUAUUAGCAAAAACAUAAUUUUAAAUUGUUUUAUUCUUUUGUGGUUUCUCCUCCAUGUUUUACCAUCAGUUUAAUUAUUUGUAAAUAAGUUGUAUAGUUUUAGUUAUUAUGUUUGCUCUUAUUGUUGAAUUUUAGCAACCUACUGAUAAAUAUUUUAAAAUACUUUUGAUGGAGUCACCGUAUUAGGAAAUGCCUGAUGCCUGAUCACCUCUGACUAAAAACAGCAGAGACCAACAAAUUUGUGUAGCCAAGUAUUAUGAUGUAAUGGAGACUUCGCGCUAGAUACAAGAAGAUUUGUUUCCGGUUUGGUUAUAUUUCUAAACAUUUACAAAAAGCUAAUCAAUCUUGUGAAUAACGGACUAGGAAUUAACAUGUAUGAAUAUAUUGUUAUUUAAUUUUAUGCUUUUUGAAGUCAGUUGAGAGAACUUUUAUGACUACAGAAACCAGAGAAAACAUUGAAAGAUGUGUAUGUAUUAUUUUAUUUAUACAAGUAUCUCGAUGAAUGAUUCCUCGGUAUGUGAAAAUACAGUCAAAGAAAAAAUAAAAUCUACAAUCUGCAAAU